CAGAUCCCCAAAGAAGUAGCUGACAUCUUUAACGCCCCCAGUGAUGAUGAAGACUUCCUUGGUUUUCAUGACGAUGUUCCCAUGGAAACCCUGUCAUCAGAGGAGAGCUGUGAUAGUUUCGACUCGCUGGAGCCCGGGAAACAGCAGGAUAUGUGUUUCCACUCCAAAUACUUCACAGAAGAACUGAGAAGAAUCUUCAUAGAGGACACUGACUCAGAGAUGGAAGAUUUUGAAGGGUUUACACAGAGUGAUCUGACUGUCAACAGCAACCCAGAGCUUGCAGAGUCGGAUUUGAGUGACAGCGACAAAGCAUCUUUAGAGAGUGAGCAAGAGGACAGUGACAAAAAAAAGGCUACCCCUAGAAGAAGCAGAUCUAGAAGAAGCAGUAUUGGUCUUCGAGUGGCCUUCCAAUUCCCCACCAAGAAACCGGCCAGAAAGUCAGAUAAAGACAGUUCUGAGCCAUUGUUUCCUAGCUCUUGCUUACAGGACAGUAAAAAAACAAUUCUUGGAAGAAAGAACUGCAGACUGGGGAAGGAAAGGGAAGAUUCUACCUCUGAAUCUGAGGAUGACUCCAGGGAUGAGGGCCAGGAGAGCUCGGAUGCCCUGCUGAAGAGGACCAUGAACAUCAAGGAGAACAAAGCCAUGCUUGCUCAGCUAUUGGCGGAAUUGAACUCAAUGCCAGAUUUCUUCCCAGUCCGGACCCCGAGCUCAGCUUCUAAGAAGAAAACAGUGAGGCGGGCCUUCUCCGAAGGACAGAUCACGCGGCGCAUGAACCCGACCCGGAGUGCACGGCCUCCUGAGAAGUUUGCGCUGGAGAACUUCACUGUCUCAGCCACCAAAUUUGCAGAGGAGCUUCAUGGUUUCCGAAGGAGGAGGACAGUUAGUGGGGGGAAAUGCCAGGGGUACAGACGGCGUCGGCGUGUGUCGUCUUUCCGGCCAGUGGAGGAUAUCACAGAGGAGGACUUAGAGAAUGUUGCUAUUACUGUUCGAGAUAAAAUCUAUGACAAAGUUCUCGGCAACACUUGCCAUCAGUGCCGACAAAAGACCACAGACACCAAGACGGUGUGUCGGAAUCAGAGCUGUGGCGGGGUGCGAGGACAGUUCUGUGGGCCGUGCCUGCGGAAUCGCUAUGGGGAAGACGUGAGAUCAGCGCUGCUGGACCCGGAUUGGAUGUGUCCUCCCUGCCGUGGGAUCUGCAAUUGUAGUUACUGUCGAAAGCGUGAUGGCCGUUGUGCCACAGGGAUCCUCAUCCACCUGGCCAAAUUUUACGGUUAUAAUAACGUUAAGGAAUAUCUGGAGAGCUUGCAAAAGCAGCUGGUAGAAGACCGUUAGGAAAAAGGAGCCAGCCACACCAGCAGAGGACUCUCCCGCAGGACGUGCCAUAGACCGCUGUGCCUAAGAUUUUUCUUAUAGUUGUGCUUUCUUAUAGACAUUCUUUAUAUAUCUAAAUGCUGUUUUAAAAAGAUUGUUGAUAUGCUUAAAAAGAUUUCUCAGGAAAACACAACAGAGGAAUCUGUGUAUACACAGAAGUGUUUCUAUAUUGAGUUGUUAAAAGCAUCUGCAGAUGGUUAAAACUUAGUGGAGUUAAAGAAGCUCAGGUAAGUUACAGAGAAACAUUGUGUAAGCAGCUCUUGCUUCUGUUCCUGAUCUUAUACUUCCUAAACAGUCACUCUAGGCCAAGUUUUUAUAGGGGCUCUAUCAUUCUUUAGUUGCAAUCAAUAAGUAGUUUUAUAUUGAAGAGUCUUAGAUGAAAAAGUGCAAUUAAUCACAGAACUUAAAACUUGAACAAAAUGUGGAUGUGUUACCGACACUGGAGGCCUUGGAGUGCUGCUGGCCAGCAGGAGCAGCUGCCUGUUUUUUUGCUGCUUCUAUGUUUUAAAGGAAUGUAAGGGCUUACAAUUUUUAAUUUAAAAAUACUCCAUUAAAAAUCCCAUUUAAUGACUAGGAGAAACCUGCUGAGUCUGAAUAGGUUUCCAGUAUUUUUUUCGUACAUUUUCUUGUUUUCAAGAGUGUGUUUUGUUUUUAAAUUCACACUUCAGCUGGAGUCUGUUGUGUGCCUCUCAGAGUAAGUUACUGUUCAUGAGAACGACGCAAUGACAUGAUGCUCACUGUGUGCUGACGGCGGCCCAUCUCACGCUUCCAGCAGCAAAGCCACGCCGGCCAGAACCCACUUGGCUGGCUUCUCUUUGCUUUUCAACCUGAAGGUCCAGACAUAGUUGGCACCCCUCAUUUUGGUUUUGUACACCGGGCACUCAUAGGUGUGUUUGGUUUCCUGCCUGUCCGUGGGGAUGGCCUUUGCGAAAAUGACUGGCAUCAUGGACGUCAGCUCCUUGAGGCGGGCUUCAACAAUGGUUCCUGACUGGGUAUCCCAUCUGGCACCUGUGGCCCAAAAAAACACAAGGAUUGUGACAUGUUGGUAAUGAGUCUCCAAUUGUUACAGGCAAUAAAUGUUCUGGUUUUGUGACAUUACUGCUUUUCAGUGGCUUCCUUGCUUAGCUGGCUUAUGAAAUGCACAGGAGGGAUUAAGAUGGGUGCUGUGAAAAGAGAUUAAAGGGAAGGCAAAUUUGAACAUUUAUAGUGUAAGAAGUGCUGGUCACUCAUAUUGCCUCCCCAGCUAACCUUUUUAAGCGUGACCUUCUGGAAUCUGGUUAGAAGUGAAAAAGAGCAUCUUGGCAGAGGCUAGGACAGCAGAUUUCUUGACGUGUUCUGUAGGAUAAGAGGAAAAUCCUGCAGAAUUAAUACAUGGCAGAUAAAUUUGGAAAAUACUUUUGCUGCUCCACCUGCCUUGGCUUUUCUUUCAGGCAUGGUGACAGUGUAAAAUUUCAGAGUAAAGUUACUGACAGUUUUCAAAGGGGUAGAAGGAUGAUUUUGGAAUAUAUUAAGCAAAAUAAGUAGGUUUUAAGUUAUACUCGGGCAUUAGUACUAGCUACACAUGCAAAUUUAAGUGACAGCUAUCAACUUAUAUGCUUUAAAAUGUGGCGCAUAUUGAGUAGGGACUGGCAUUUGAAUUCUUCAAAAUAAUGAGCAUUAGCAGGAGUAAGUAGAUGCUGAGAACUGGAAUCUGCGUACGGAAGGUCCUGAUCCAGAGAGACUGGGGUCUCUUACCUUCCAUGAGAAGCCCGUGCAAGUAAGCGCCUUCCCUCGGGGGAUGGCCAUAAUCCUCCUUCGUUUUUUUGGUAACAUCAACAGUCAAGCACAUUCUAUCCAGUGGCCACUCAUUUUUUCGAGCCAUGGUCUGCAUGAUCGCUGUGGGAGGAACAGUACAAAAUGAAGCUGUACAUAGGUCCCACGGGUACACAGCAGCCCUAGGGAGAGAAGCUCUGCCUAAGGCCUGCUGGUCCCCUUCAGUGUUUUAGGCUCUAGAGCAUUUGCAUGUGGUUGAACUAGAGCAAGGCCUGAAAGACAACCUCCCUGCUUGUAUAAAUGCAGCUUUAUUACAACAGCCACAUCUGACUGUGCUGUGCAGGGGGCCGUCUUGGCAAGCGGGACCAUUGUGAAAAAAGAGCAUUUGGCCCUGUCCAGGUUUGCUAGAGGACACUUGCCUGCUCCCGUGGCCUCUUUCCCUGAAUGUUACU